AUGACUACGGACCAAAGCAGCAACACCAAUAACAGCAGGCCCACCGCCUCGGAGCGACGGGCCGCUGCGGCCAAGCGCCGAUUCGUCCGCAAGGGCACCAAGAGCUGCUGGGAGUGCCGCCGGCGCAAGAUCCGGUGCAUAUUCGACGACAAGGGCCCGCCCGACACGUGCAGGACGUGCUGGGAGAAGGGGGCGCCGUGCAUUAGCCAGGAAUUCCCCGAGGAGGAGGCCAGGAGCGCGCCGGCGCCGGCGGGGAGUCUGGGCGAUCGGCUGGGCCGCGUUGAACGGCUGGUUGAGCGGCUAUAUCGUCGGAUCGAUGACUUGGAAGCACCCACAUCAGCUUCGCCCAAGAAAGAGGAGGAGUCCCGGGACGCCUCUACUCCGACGUCGGAAGCCCCGGUUAACGCGUGCUCUCCGAGACAUGCCGGAGAACGACCGGCCGGGGCCCAGACCCCAGGUCCGUCUCCGUUGGACACGGGGGGUAUUGAUACAUUAACUAGAGCGCACGUUGGUCCGCCGAGCCAGGGACCAACCGACGCCGGGUUCUCGGCCAACGUCCAGCUCCGGGCUUAUAGCAGGCAACUCUCUGCCGCGAUCCCAACGUCAAAGGACUUCCAGGUCAUCUACACGCUCUACUCGGACGCCGACCUUGUCUUCCAGGCCAUCUUCGUACCGUACUGCCUCCUAGGCUCCCUCAAGCCGGAGAGCGUGGAGCAUUUCAUGGACUCUCUCAGGAAGCCCAUGCACCCCGUCCUCCUCGCCAAGAGGAUGCUCAUGGUGGCCGCCAUGCUCCAGAGGCUUCCUGCAAAACGACCCAUCAAGCCGGGCGUGUUGGAGUCGUCCUUCCGGAUCAUGGAGAAGCUGGCCAAGACGGCCAUCAGCGUCGUGUGCGAGACCAACGCGCUCAUGGGGACGUUGGAGGCCUUCGAAUGCGUCGUCUUGCAGACGGCAUACCUGGUCAACAGCGGAAACCCGAGGCUGUCGCUGCUGUCGUGCCGCCGGGCCAUCUCGAUGGCCCAGCUCAUGGGCAUCCAUCGACCUCACGACCCAGCCACCAUUGAGACGUUGGACCCGGAAUCACCGAGGCGGACAGGCUUCGUAUGGUUUCGCAUCGUCUACCUCGAACGCUUCAUCUGCCUGCUCCUGGGUCUCCCGAGCAUCACCCAUGACGCCACGACGAUAUGCGACGAGACGACGCGGUCCUACAUCGAGCGCGACCCCAUCCAACGGCUCGAGAGCUUCCACAGCGAGAUCGCCGCCAAAGUCAUCCGGCGGAACGAGAACGACACAUUCCUCUCCAACAAGGAGAGCACGCACGCCCUCGACCGCGAGCUGCAAGCGGCGGCCGCCACGAUGCCCCCGCGGUGGUGGACGAUCCCCUCCGACAUGGCCAACCCGAGCGGCGACCCGGCCCCCCUGGGGAUCGUCCGGCACAGUAUCCGCCUGUGCAACCAGAUCUUCCACUUCUUCCUCGUCAUCCAGAUCCAUCUGCCCUUCAUGCUGCGGCACGCCAAGGACGGCACGGCCAGCAGCAGCCGGAUGGCCUGCCUCGAGGCGAGCCGGUCGGUGCUGGCGUGCUUCCUCUCGACCCGCAGCAACGCCCGCCAGGCCUGCAGCGUCCCCGACGCCGCCGACUUCUACGCCCUCAUCGCCGCCAUGACGCUGCUGCUGGCCCACGUCGACGCCCGCCGCCGGGACCGCGGGAGGGACGUCCUCGCCUACCAGCGCCACGCGGACCGCGACAGGGUCGAGGAGGCGUUGGAGCACAUGCGCGACCGCAGCUCCAUGUCCGCCGACAUGCUGUCCGUGAGGAGCGCCGACGUGUUGAAGAGCCUGCUCGCCAUCGAGGCGGACGCCGCGCGGGGCUCGACCUUUACGGCGAGUCUCAGUCCGACGUCGACGUCGACGUCGACGCCGGCGUCCUGCGGCGUGGGCGGAGGAGGAGGAGGAGGACAUAUCGGGGACUCUCGGAACGUGCUGCAGCUCAGGAUACCGUGCUACGGGACGGUGACCAUAUCGCCGGAUGCUCCCCCCUCCCGCGAGCCCUGGGUGCCGUCCGACCGAACUCGACAACCGGUCUUUCCGGAGACGCAGAGAGGGGAGGACGCCACGUCCUCGGAGCCUAAUGUUCUGACGGGCGCACCAGCACUGGGAGACGACUCUGUCGCCAUGAUGGACGUGUCGGGAAACCCAGGCUUGCAGCUCGACCAGAAUGCCGAUCCGACAUGGCUGUCCGGACUCGGGAACCCCCGGUGGAUGGGCUCCGGGAUCUCGGCCGGACUGGAAGACUGGCCGUUCCAAGGCGUCGACGCUGCCUUCUUCGACAGUAUGAUCAGAGGUUUCGAAGAGUCGGAUUCGCCUAUGUGAA